AUGAAUGCAGAUCAGUUCAAUCAAUUCCUUACUAUCUUUCAAGAACAACAAAGACAACAGCAAGAAAACCAGAACAAGUUUAUUAAAGAAGUAUUAGAAACUGUCUUAAAACAGAAUGAUCAACAGACUGAGAUACCUCGGGUCAACUACUCAAAUGUGGCUCCUUUUGAAAACUAUGAUCCAAAGAAAGAAAAAUUUACAUGUUACCUAGAACGUUUUGAAAACUAUUACACCAUGAAAGGCCUAACAGACUCAACUAAGAUUGGACAGCUACUGUGCAUCUCUAUCGGCAGUGAUCAUUAUAACAAUCUUAAUUCUUUUCUAGGCCCCGAGAAACAAUUGAAAAGUCUCAACUAUGAUGAGCUUAUCACAGCAUUCAAGCAGUUAUUGAUUCCUAAGAAGAACAUUGUAGUAUCUCAACACUAUUUUCUAAAUGUAUUUCAAAAAGAACACCAAUCAAUAACAGAAUUCGUGGCUUCCCUACAACGUGAUAUUGCUGAGUGUGAAUUUUCUGUCAAGUGUUCAUGUGACCAGACAGUUUCAAUUGCCGAAGUUUUCCUGAGAGCCCAGUUUAUUCGAGGUUUGCGAGAUGACUGGCUACGAGAACAAAUUCUACAGUCAACUGAAACUACUUUUGAAGGAAUCCUUACCAGAGCAAUCGCCCUCGAAGCAUCAAAAAUUGAAUCCAGGGAACUGUCUAAACGUUCACAUUCAAGUAACGCAAAUUUCAAUAUAUGUGACGAUGUGAAUAAAGUUUCACAUAAAGCAAGGAAAUAUCAAUUCCACACCGGUAAUCAACCUUCCAGACAGCAACAGGGUCACUCCUCACGCUCUCGAAAACGUCCAGAUCUGAAAUCUCUUGGAAUUGGUAAUCUUUGCUUCAGGUGUGGAAAAGGCAAUCACCAAGCAUCCGAGUGCCGCACCGACAAAUCUAAGCUCAAGUGCAACAAAUGUAACAAGCAAGGACACAUAUCUAAAGUGUGCAUUUCGACCCUUAUCGCAGAACAGAAGAAAAUCAAUUCUCCCAGUGCAGCCAACUACAUCCAGUGCUGUUCUCCUACAGAGUCUACAUCGAAAUUUUCUGAUUACGGACUAAAUAAAGUAACUAAUGUCAAUUCAAGCCCAAAGUUACUAGAUCUGUUUGAAGUAAAUAACGAUUCAGACAAAUACAUGAUCACAGUUAAUUUCAAUGGUAAACCACAACAAUUCGAAGUAGACACAGGAGCAAAAUUCUCACUUCUAGCUAAAAAUGAUUUCGACAAACUCAAAUUGGACAUUCCAUUGGAAACAACUAACAUUGCUUUCAGAACUUACUCAGGUAAUAUUAUCAAACCUGAAGGGAAAGUGAAAAUAAAUGUUACUUACUGUGGACGUUGCGUCAAAGAGGAACUCCACAUUGUUCCAACAGGACACGAAGCACUCUUGGGACGUCAAUGGAUAAGAGCCCUAGGAAUCGAACUGAACAAAUUGAAUGAAGACACAAAUCAAAGCACUCAAAUUUCCCAAAUCAAAAGAAUCCAGUCUCCUGAAGAAAUCUUUCAGUCUUUUUCCAACAUUUUUGAAGAGAAAAUUGGAUGCGUUCCAGACUUCAAAGUGUCAUUACAGCUUCGAAAUGGUGCAAAACCUAUUUUUGUUAAGGAACGAAAUGUCCCACAUGCUUAA